AUGCACUGUGCACCUCGCUUCCCUCACCCUGCAGAGAACUGGGUGCCUCGACAUCCCCCGGCAGCGCGUCCGCUUGGCUUGAUCCUAGCGCAGACAUCUACGUGCAUUCCUCUCAAGCUCGUGUUAACCUGCUUUAGGGCCUUCUUAGACUCAAAGCGCCCGCUCAGUGCCUCGAGCCCAUGUCUCCUUGUCUUUUAA